AUGGAAUCCAUUCUGGCUACUAAACCGAAAAAGGAUUUCGAUAAUCCUCCAAAGUUGGAACCAGAAGUCACUUUCAAUGAGGAACAACAGGAACCAUCUCGUAGCAACACAAGACUGUCGGAACCAUCGACAUCGGCAUCUUUAGAAGACGUCAAACCAGAGUUGGAGAGUCGAAAAAGGAGUAGAUCACUUGGAGAUGAUCCAACAGAAGAUGAUGAUGAACCAGUGAGAAAGUCAAGUAAGAGGAACAACUCGACGUCGAGCACAGCGGAAAGUUCAUCGGAUGAUCUGAGUGGAAAAGAUGAAAAAGAAGAAGAAGACGACGAUGAGGACUCUUCUAUUCCACCAACCUCAAUGUCUGGACACCGAAAAAGCAGUCACUCAAAGCCACCCUACUCAUACAUCGCUCUAAUCGCCAUGUCCAUUAUAAACUCUCCUGGGAAGAAGUUGACUCUCUCGGAAAUUUGCGAAUUCAUAAUCAAUCGUUUCGAAUAUUACAAAGAAAAAUUUCCGGCAUGGCAAAACUCUAUUCGUCACAAUUUGAGUCUGAAUGACUGUUUCGUAAAAGUGCCACGUGGACCCGGGAAUCCCGGAAAAGGAAAUUAUUGGGCUCUGGAUCCCAAAUGUGAGGAUAUGUUUGACAAUGGAUCGUUUUUGCGCAGGAGGAAAAGAUACAAGAAGACGUCCGAAGAUUUUCCUGAAAUGCUUGCCCAUCAUCCAAUGCCAUUUCCUCCUUUCCUCCCUCCCGGUAUAUGUUUUCCACCGAGAAUGAUGCACCCAAUGGCAGCUAUGCCGAUGAUUGGCCCACCUCAUCCGAUGAAUGCUCGUAAUCUACCUGCAUACCUAUUUCCUCCCCCAAUCGAUAGUCAAAAACUUUUAUCCAUGAUGGCUUCUAGAGUACUUCCUCUGGAUACUAAUGUAGAUUCUUCCGGUCGAAAGAGAUCUUCUUCGAAUUCCUCCCCAAAUGAAAAUGGAUCUUCUCCAAGAUCCGAAUGA